UGUGCGCAGAAUUAACAGCAGACACACAGAAAGAGAAAGAAAGAAAAAGAGAAAAAGAAAAAGGAGAAAGACCUAAUUUUGUCACUGUAAUUCUUCUUCUUCAAAGAAAACCCCAAUUUCGAACGCUUCAAAUUCAAUUCAGGAAACCCUAGUGAUUAAUUUCGUUGCGAAACGGCGAUUCAAGAUUAUCGUGAGCCAGAAGAUGGUAGCGGAAGCGGAAAUUAUCUGUCAGCAGAACAUUCCGAUGUUGGACGUGAAGUAUCAUAUUUGCGUGGCUCAAGAACACAACGUGAAGGUUGAGGUUUCACCCAAAUCACCUUCACCUCCUGUUCCGAUCUUUGGCCAAGCAGUGAGUUGCUCUGAGAUCAUUAAAGAUUCCAUUUUGGAGGCCCCUGCGAUGAAUUUUUUCCCAAAUGUGCGUUCUGGUAGCUAUGCCGAGAUUGGACCGCGCGUUUCUAUGGAUGAUGAACACAUUUGUAUUGAUGAUCUGGGAGCUCAUCUUGGAUUUGUGUUCAAGUGUCCGAUACCGAGUGCAUUUUAUGCAGUUUUUGAUGGCCAUGGGGGGCCUGAUGCAGCAGCCUUUGUUAAGAGGAAUGCUAUGAGGUUGUUUUUUGAAGAUGCAGACAUGCUGCAGUCGUAUGAUGCUGAUGCGUUUUUUCUACAGAAAUUGGAGGAUUCCCAUCGGAGAGCUUUUCUACGGGCAGAUCUUGCCUUGGCUGAUGAACAAACUGUUGGUAGUUCUUGUGGGACUACUGCAUUGACUGCCCUUGUGCUUGGAAGGCAUUUGCUUGUUGCUAAUGCUGGUGACUGCCGAGCAGUUCUUUGCCGGAGAGGUGUGGCUGUUGAGAUGUCUAAUGAUCACAGGCCAAGUUAUCUACCAGAGAAGAGGAGGGUGGAGGAGUUAGGUGGGUUCAUUGAUGAUGGAUAUCUCAAUGGUUAUCUUUCAGUAACUCGAGCCCUUGGGGAUUGGGACUUGAAAUUUCCACUUGGUGCUGCAUCCCCUCUUAUUGCUGAGCCAGAUGUUCGGCUGGUUACAUUGACUGAGGGUGAUGAGUUCUUGAUCAUUGGGUGUGAUGGGAUUUGGGAUGUAAUGUCUAGCCAAGUUGCAGUUAGUCUUGUUCGCCGAGGAUUAAGAAGGCAUGAUGACCCACAGCAAUGUGCCGGAGAGCUAGUCAAGGAAGCAUUGCGCCUAAAUACAUCAGAUAAUCUCACUGUAAUUGUUGUAUGCUUGUCGCCCAUUGAAAGCAUUGUUGAAUCAUGUCCACCCCAAAGGAGAAGAUUCAAAGCUUGCAGUUUGUCUGAAGAGGCCCGUAAUAGAUUGAAGAGCUUGAUUGAGGGAAAUUGAUUGUAAAUGCAAUUCUUGUGAUUGACAAAUGUUCCUUUCUUAAAAAAUUAAUCUGUUUUUUAGGCUGUUUCAGAGAGAGCUAAAAAGCAGCCAGCAGUUUUGUAGGGAUAGAAGGGAUAUUUGGUUAGGGGGUAGAAGGUGUUUGGAUUUAUUUAAUUGGGAGGUGUUUUUUCUGGGUUAUGUUUGGUACAUGUAGAGACAAUUGCUAGCUAAUUUUGGCGGAUUAGAUUCGGUCCCCACCAUGGCCGUUCCCAUUUUACAUUGUUGCUGCUUCUGUAAAUAAAAAUGAGGGGUUGUCUGAGACAUAGGAUAGCCGAAUGCAUGGUUGAGUUUCUUGUUUGUUGUUCUUGGAUCCUCCAUGUUAUAUGGAUGGAUAUGCUUGGCCCAUCAUAUCAACUGGUAGGGCUAUGGCCUAUGUCAUGGGACAACAUCAUCCUUUGGCAUCACACAAACUAAAUCGCUUAUCUUAUGUGAUGAAUUUUUCUCCGUUAUCCUUUAUUUAUUAAUAAAAAGGAGUGUUAAUAGAAAUGUUAUUUUCAGUUA